AAUCACAGGCUCAGACUUCUAAAAUCACUUAAAAUGUUUUGGAGUAUUGCGGCAAUAUUUCUAGGGUUCAUUUUGCUAUUAAUUUUGUAUCUGAGGACCGGUAAGAAAAAUAGGGUGUGCGUUUUAGUGCUUGGAGAUGUUGGACGGAGUCCUCGCAUGCAAAAUCAUGCGCUAUCGUGCGCUAUGGCUGGUUAUGCUGUCGACUUAGUUGGUUUUGGAGGGUCGAGUCCACUAAAGGAAAUUCUCAAGCAUGACAAAAUUAAAUUGAUUAGGAUUGGGGACUUCCCAGGUUUCUUAACAUAUCUGCCUAGACUUCUCUACUAUGCUGUAAAGGCUGUUUUUCAGUCUGUUCAGCUGUUUGUGAUACUUUUUAGUUCAGCAAUAAACUGCUCUCACAUCCUUGUUCAGAAUCCUCCAGCUAUCCCAUCAUUAGCAGUCGCUUGGCUCGUUAGCUUGUUAUGUAACUGCAAGCUGCUGAUUGACUGGCACAACUUUGGUUAUACCAUCCUCGCACUAGGUGUAGGGACACCUGACCAUCUCUUGGUUAGAAUCGCUAAAUGGUAUGAGCAAUGCUUCGGCAAAAUGGCUUCUGGGAACUUUUGUGUCACAGAAGCCAUGAGGGAGGACCUCCAGAACAACUGGUGUAUAACAGCAUCCACCCUUUAUGAUCGGCCUCCUGAAAGGUUCAAACCCACAGAUGUAAUGUCACAACACAAGCUAUUUAUGAAGCUUUCUUCAGACUACCCUGUCUUUGGACAAACAAAAAGUCUUCCAGAGUUUGCUGAGAAAGUAGUGGAAGAAGUAUCUGCUAUGACAGUCAAGACAAAUAAAGGCAGCAUCCAUCAAAGGGAAGACAGACCUGCCCUCAUUGUCAGUAGCACAAGCUGGACAGAGGAUGAAGACUUCUCUAUUUUACUGGACGCUUUAGAAGGUUAUGAGAGAAGUGUAGAAAAGGAGAAGGGCCUACCAAAUUUACUUUGUGCUAUAACAGGAAAGGGACAGCAAAAGGAUUACUAUAAGAAGCUUAUUUCGGAGAAGAAUCUUAAGCAUGUGUCAAUAUGCACACCUUGGCUGGAUCCUGAGGACUACCCCAAGUUACUAGGCUCUGCAGAUUUCGGUGUCUGUCUACACAAGUCCUCAUCUGGUCUGGAUCUUCCUAUGAAAGUCGUCGACAUGUUUGGAAGUGGUCUCCCAGUUUGUGCAAUUCAUUUCAACUGCUUACAUGAAUUAGUCAAGCACAAUGAAAAUGGAUUGGUAUUUAAGGACAGCAAACAGCUCACACAACAGAUAGAGGAAUUACUUAAAAACUUUCCGGUCAAGAAUACCAAGCUUCAGGAAUUUCGACAAAACCUCAAGGAAUUUCAGCAAAUCAGAUGGGAGGAAACUUGGAACCAAGUUGUUCUUCCGGUCAUCCGUAGAUAACACGAAUUUAAGUAGAUUUGUGCCCAGCACUUCACGGCCAAAGAAGCACAGGAAAUCUAGAAAAAUAUUUAUAAAUCUCGAAACAUACCAUACGCUUAUAUUUUUUUUGCAACCUGGACUUUGCUAUAGGAAUAACCAAUUCCAGUUGUUAGAAAAGAAUACCAAGCUAAAUCAUCGAAUAGUAAAAAAAAGGAAACAACAAAUAGUUCUGUACUCUUCUUUCAUUGUUCGAUAAUAAAAAAAAAUGUAACUUGU